AGGUCAAAACAAAGGUCUUUUUAAGGGAGACCAGCGCAGUGAGUAAUGUCUGGAACUCAGAAACGACACUGGUUCCCGCAAGAUGGAGCGCCGGAGAUUCCCACCAAAAUCUCGUGUACGAGGCAGAACGAAGUGAAUGAAACCGUCUUGAUAGACACCAAUAACGUCACAAGUGACGUAAUACAAUACGUCAUGACGGAAACGACUGAUCAGUACAGGAAAGGAAGACCAUAUAAACUUCUCUUCUACCCUGAUAAAAGUGCUGCCAUCAUCAAAAUCAACUUACCUGGCAAUCAGCUUGUGAAGGACAUGGUGCUAACAUUGAACCAUUGUCGGACAAAUUGUGACGGGGUGAUUGACAUAUUUGUGAACGAUUCGGUGCUUGUGAUGGGUUAUUCAGAUGCGAGGUGGGAUAACUUUGGAGAAGAUACUUUCAACGUUCCAGUUGAUCUGUUGAAGCAGGGGGCAAACGAACUGAUUAUCAGACUGAAUAAAACUAGUAGAGGAGUUUAUUGGUUGUCUGAUCUCAAAAUAGAAACACGGGUUAUACGAUGAUACCAAAAGAAGAACUAAGAUAUUGUGUAUAACAUAUGCCAAAACAACCAUUACGGAGAAUUUUAGACAGAAAAGGCGUUUUAAUAUACUUGCAAGGAUCAACGUGAUACACGUGACAUUUUCUUCAUCUGACACCUUUACAAUA